UUGCAUCAGCCAUUUUAUACUAAUGAUAAGAUUGUACAAGCAGCGGUCAUGCCCUCGGGAGAGGAUUGACUCACACACAACUCUCUCUCUCUCUCUCUCUCUCUCUCUCUCUCUCUCUCUCUCUCGCUCUCUCUUUCAGAACCAUGGACAGCUCUAAGCAAGCAUCACGAUUGGUUGAGAGACAUGAGGGAUGCAUAGAAAGAGAGAGAGUGUGAUGGAGCAAGAGAGAGAGAAGAGAUCACCAGGGGACGGAGUAAGCAAGCAGUGAGGGCUGGAGGGAAGGAGAUCAGACAGCAAAAAAGAAUGUAGAGAGACAGAGAGAAAAAAAGAAGGAUAGAGGAAAUAGAAGAAAAGACAGAUGUUAUAGCUGUUCUUUUUGCCCACUGACACCCAAGCUGGUGUGUGUGUGUGUGUGUGUGUGUGCUUGUGACAGCAGCCGCAGCGUCAGCAGCAGUAGAGGGAGGAUGGAUCAAAGAGAUUGUAGGACACCAUGCAUUUAGCUGCCUAACUUCUCUGCACACACACCACAGCCGGCUAAACAAGAACACGCUUAUACUAUAUGCAGCCCACCCCCCAUGCGUGUGUGGGGACAGCGCAGAUGAGGCAACCACCAAAGGGAGGUGUGGAUACUUCCAGAAGUGUUUGGUACAGGGAAAGGACAGCCUUGAUGGUCGUAGUCCAGCAGGAGUUGUCGUAGGUGGGGAAGGGUCGGACCGCCGACUGCCACCACCACCACAACCACCUUCGGUUUACUUCAGAGCUCUGGAAAUGCCAAAGAUGGACAUGUCCUUAAUCCUUCUCUUCCUCAAGCCAGUGUGUGUUUCCUCCAUGCUGCGUUGCUGUCGCCUGGCUUGUCUGUCAGCUGCAGGGGGAUUCAAUAUCGUGUGGUGUUGAGAAACGCACACACUGAACACAGCUGGAGUUCGGGAGAAUAGAUUCACUGAGACUGCAGUCUCUCUGCUGUACUGAAGGAUGGAUUCAGGGGAAGACGAGUGCACCCAUUUCCUGCAGUACGCGGAGGACAGUGGUCUGAGGGCGUAUGACGAGCUGGUUAUCCAGAACGCCUCUGACAUCGCCAGGGAGAGCGAUCGCGUCCGCAACCACACACAGUGGACAUACCUCCAGGAGAAAAACCAGAAGAAGAGACGGCAAGAAGAAGCUAUCAAGAGGAUUGGCGAGGAUGUGGCCCGUGUGAAAGAAGGAGGGGGUUACGCAGGCAAACACUUUCGUAUGGGCUUCAUGACGAUGCCGGCACCUCAGGACCGUGUUCCUUCUUCCUGUGGGCCAGGAUUCACCGUGCGCUCGCAGUCUCUGCACUCGGUGGGAGGGGGAGAGGAGGAGGAAGGGAGUCCCACCUCGAGAAAACAGCCCCCGCCUAAACCCAGACGAGAUCCCAACACCAAACUCAGCACCUCCUCUGAGACCGUCAACACUGUGCUCAGCACUGGGAAGAGCGGGACGGAAACAGAGAAGUGUGACGCAUCGAAAUCCUGCAGUGAGGAGUACCGUCGCAUGCCUCCACCCAAACCCAAACGCAACCCCAACACCCAGCUCAGCACAUCCUUUGACGAGUCUUACAUUCAAAAACACGGCAGCAAAGCUAAGUCAGCCUCUCUGCCGCGUCAACACAAAAAGAAGUCGGCAUCUCAGAAUCAAAGCCCUGCCCCCGACACUGAUGAUGAGGCGGAGCCGGUUUAUAUAGAAAUGGUGGGGAACAUCUUACGAGACUUUAGUCGAAUUGCCGGCGCUAAUGGUGAUGAGGAGGAUGACCAAGGUGAAAGUGUGUAUGAGGAGAUGAAAUAUCCUGCCUUCGACGAUUUAUCUUCAUCUUUAGACCACUUACAGUCACGAUGGGAGCAAUGUCCCAGUGCUUUGGUGCCGGAAGUCGAACUAACACGACCCACCACUCCACGUGGUUCACUGUGUGACAUUCCCGCCCCAUUCCCGAAUCUGCUUUCCCAUCGACCUCCUCUAUUAGUAUUUCCACCUGCACCAGCCCAGUGUUCCCCCAACUCUGACGAAUCCCCUCUUACUCCAUUAGAUGUCACCAAACUGCCCAUGUUGGAGAAUGUCGGAUAUGGGAAACCUGGUGCAUCCCCAACUAGUGCCGAGCCUGGACCACCGAUGGAGGUGCAGCAGGUGUCUGCUAAACACCACCACCACCACCACCACCACCAUCAUCAUCAUAAGAAGUCUGCAGAGACUAAGGAGCAGCAUACAAUCACAGCAUCAGGACGAUCAUCUGCUCCUCCUCUGCCAUCUGCGCUUUAUAAAAGUGGCGGGUCAUCCGCGGCACACGGUUAUCCAAGGAGCCACUCCGCCUGCCCGUCCCCUGUCAGUAUGGGUCGUGCAUUAACGCCACUCACCUUGAAGCGCCCCCCGCCGUACGACGCUCUCAUGACCGGGACAAUUCCUCGCAGCGCAUCUGGGGUUCCAUAUGGAUCACGUGAAAGUGGACGGCUCUCGAAUUCCUCCAGUGUGUAUGGAGGGUCCAUGCAAAACGUCUCCACUGCUUCGGGUUCAAGCUCAGGGUCGGGAGGUCGAGGCAGUCGUACACCGACCAGUCCUUUGGAUGAACUCAGCAACUUGUUCUCUUCCGGACGUAACAUGUUGAAGAAAGGUUCUGGAAACCGCAAGAGUAAGGAGUCCGCAGAUGGUGAAAGUAAAGGCAGAAGUGACAGCAGGGACAGAGCCCAUCGCAGCUCUUCUCCGAAAUCACAGGAUUGGGAAACGUCCACAGGACAAUCAGCCACGCCCACAGCCACGCCCAGUCACUUUGGCCGCUCCUCCAUUAGCCCGACCACCAUGCUUGGAGAAACAAAAGUCGGGUGUAAACUUGGUCGCUCUGCAUCUACAUCAGGAGUCCCAUCCCCUGUGGGAACACCUCAGAGACAUGCCCCCGAUGCCUCCGCCCAUCCGUGCGGGACUCCGUUCCAGAUGCCCCCAAUGCCCUGGGCAUGUGGGGACAGCACCAUGAUGGAGACGAUCGAGAAGAAACGUCAUCUGUGCAAGGAGAUAAAAGCCAGACAGAGACCUUCAGACAAAGCCCUGUGCAAACAGGACAGCAUGCCCAUCCUGCCCAGCUGGAAGAAGACCAACGGGGGCAAGAAAUUCGGGCCCCCUCCGUAUUCCACCCAAACCACUGUCUUCUGGGACACUGCUAUAUAAAUGGUGACCAGCGAUCUACAGCCAUGGAGACAAAUAUUGGUUGACAGCUAGAAGAAAGAAGGACCAUGCAAAAUACACAGUGAAGGAUUAUCAAAUCUCCCUGGUUUCCUAUAACUGUUUAUAUUUGAUAUUUUUAUAUUGGAGAUAACUGUCUUAAUAUUAAAUAUAAUUAGCGGUUUUAUAAAGAGGAAUCGUCCAAAUGGGAUCUAAGAGUGAAUAAUACCCAUGAGAUGAUAUUUGUCCUCUUGGAAAUGAUAUUUCUAUUUAUUUUCUAUGUUUUUUGGGGGGUGUUUCUAUAUUAGGCACUCAUCCGUGUGUCUGGGGAAAUAAUCUUUAAUGUGUGGUGAAAUAUGUGCAGUGAGUCCAUUGAGAAAACACGUUGAUUUUGAUGCCUAUGCAUUUGGUUGGACGGCAUGAACGGCGCUUUUGUUCAUUGUCUGUUUUUCAUAUGAAGAGUUUAUUUGAAAAUAAUAUAUUUUUUGGUGUCUGUAUUUUAAAUGUUGGAUCGUGAGGUGUCAGGCGUUUUUUUUAAAUGAUUAUUUAUUUUUCUUCUGGACUGCACUUGAAGGUGAUCGGCUGGAUUUUGUGAUAUUAGUUGGGUCUGAUUAGUCGAAGUAGAUUAUGAGAUCAUUGGGUUGGAGAUUGGGCAGUUAGUCAGAUAUUGAGCAUAGAGUCAGAUAAACUGAGGGCACGUUCUGUUUAGUGAGGUCAGCUGGUGCAUUCAAUUGUGAGCACUGUAAACUCACAAACACACACUGAUAUCAGCUGCUUUAUGGAAUAACAUUUGGUGCUGUUCAACAACUUUCUUGAAUGUUCAGUCUUAACAGCUACAUGACAUCUGCAUGGGCGGUUCGCAUAUAUAUUCAAUAGGUUUGCAAAUGAUCAGGGACUGGAUGAUGGAAAUUCAUAAAUCUGGUCCUCUACCAUGUCAGAAAACAUCUCGAAUACAGACACUGUCCUUUUAUGAAGCACUAUGCAGACAUACUGUCAGUUUACAUGCUCAUAUACCACUGCGACACGAGUCAGAGCAGGAAAUAUGGUACUGAGAAGGCUAAGAAAGAAAAGACCAGGCACACAUCGAGUCUGCUUAGAUGCUGUGCAUCAAGACUACAUCCAUAGCUUUACCAAGCAAUCAAAGAGCCAUGCUGGUGCAUUAUGUGAACUAGUUAUCAUAAGAGUUUGCCCAAUAGAAAGCCAAGCACGGUCUUAACAUGGCAGGAGAGUAAAUGCCUUUCUUUGUGUCCGUCUGGAAUCAGAUGAAACAAUUUGGGGCAAGAAACAAACAAAAUGCAUGUAGACAUAGACAUAGACAUAGAAAUGCAUGUUUUUUGCUGAACUAUCCCUUUAGUCACUGGAGGGUCGAGAAAACCGAAUGUGGAUGGCUUAAGAGAAAGACAGGGUUCACAGUGCUCUUUUAAGUGUUCAUUUAUCACUAAAUGAUGAUGAUGUGGAAUAGCCAAUGAGCAAUGGUGUCAUUUAGCAUUUGUCUGGCUUUGCCGUCAGUAAGGGACCAAUGCAGAUGUUUAACUGGCAAUUAAAAAUGGCAACACAAACUCUGUUUUAUGCUAUACUGUACAGUGUUUGCCAUGGAGACACUGUGCUCUUUAGUUCUUUGCACUGCUGUGGGCGGGACUGUGAUGUCAUGCUGAAGUUCUGAUUAAUGUCUGCUCAGCUGUGAUCAAGCCACACCCCUAAAGAUGGGGCCGGUUGUUUGGAGCCCCUCACUGCCAUCCCCAUCGUACAAUCGCACAUCUCAACCAGUUUAUUUAACACAUAUUAAAGCACCACAGAGACACUCUUCAAUGUAAACCACGUUCACAUGCAUGCACUUUUAAAAAAAUGUAUCAGCACUCAUACACAUGAUCAAAACUGGCAUCCAAGUAAAAAGCAUUGCCUUGGAGACCUGGAUUCACUGUGACUUAAAAAAAAGACUUUAGGGAGGGUCAGUAGAAUGAUAAAGGUUUACAAUUUAAUAAAAGGUAAAUAAUCCUACUAAUAAACACAACUAGUCUCUACAUUGAAAAUACAUAACGUAGUAGUGGGUGGUGGUGGGGGGUAUGGGUUACAGACCAAAAACACAUGGGGUGCUCCUUUCUGUGGACCCACCAGAUGCAGUACCAUAAUAUACCAGUAGAUGACAGUAACAGUGUAGUGUUCUUCAUAUGUACUGCAUUCCAGUUUGCAUACUAAAAAUUGUGUGCUACAAAUGCAUUUGAACGGAGAAGGUAACAUACUUUUGAGUGCAUUUCAUUAACAUAAUGUCUAAUAAAGUAAUAUUAAGAGAACAGGUCACCCAAAAAUGAAUAUUUACUCAACCUCAGGCAGUCCAAGAUGUAGAUGAGAUUGUUUCUUCACCAGAACAGAUUUGGAGAAAUCACAAUUAUCCAGUCGAUCAAUUAAAAUCUUGUGAUGUGAAAAGCUGCAUUUUUGUAAGAAACAAAACAUUGUUUAUUAUAGAAUGCAGCUUUUAACUUCAAAAGACAUUUACUGAUGGACUGGAGUGGUGUGGAAUACUUGUGGAUUAUUGUGAUGAUUUUCUCAGGUGUUUGGACUCU